UUCGGAUAUUUAACCUUGGCAAAAAAUAUUAGUACAUUAUAUUGUUCAAAGGUUAUAAUGUUUGAACAAGUUGUCACCUCGUGCAUGAAGCUCGCUUUAAUGCAUGACACAAAAAGGGAUGAGAAAUAGUGCGAAAAAGAUCUGAUGCUGACGCAGGUAAGACUUUGUCAAAGGAGGUUCAUAUUUUGUAAUGACACCAUAAUAGGGGGUGUAAUUGUUUACACAGCUUUUAGGAUAUGAUUGAGCAGAUUUGUCUUUGCAUUUCUCUGUUUUGUGCAAUAUAUGAAAGAAACUACACAUUUUUUUUCAAGUGUAAGUCUAAGAGGCUCAAAGGUAUGUUCACACUUAAUUCUGUAUAAAUACCGCCUGGAGUUCAUGUGUGUGGUUGAAAUUUCUCGGCUCCAUGGAGGGAAGAAACAUAUUUCUCGAAGCUGCUUUUGCGGGAGAGCCUGUAGUGAAUCCAGAAGACCAAGGAGACAAAGAGUUGGAAAGGCUGGAAAGGAUUUUCUUUACGCCAAAAACCAGGCAAAAGCGAAAAGCAGACCGCGAUAAAGGCAAGUCUAGCAAAUCUGAAAUAAAAUUCAAAAACAGAAACCUCGAGCUACAGCUGGUAAGGGAAGCAGUGAGCAAAGUUGGAUGUCUUCCCAAACGAGUACUUAGUUACGUUGAGCUUAUGGCCGACCAGCUCGGUCCUGUCGAAAAGGCCUACUAUACAUCCAUUGGCAAGGGAACAGGGCCAACUAAACAGACGGCACUUAGGCGAAUAGGAAGAAAAAUAAAAGAAUGGCAAGUCUCGGGCAACGACAAACCAUCAGUAAAAGACCCGGAGGAUUGUAUACGAGAGUAGUUGUAGUGAAGAAUCUUCGCCGAUGGACAUCAAAAACGAUGCAAAGUGUACCUCGAAAAGAAAAGCAGACUAUGGAAGGGACGGCCUUUAUCUUGUUGGGAAAGAUGAAAAAAGUAAAGCCUCUGAUGCCAGAAAGUACACGGAGACCACAACCAAAACGGAACGUUCAAGAUUUCUUAGUGAAUAUGAAGAGGAUGAAUUGAUUGCAGAGGAGGAAAAAGGUGAGAUGCUAUCCAUCAGUUUCAUUGCCGUCAUCGAUAUUAUGUUCUUACGUAAGGUUUCAGAAUAAGCACGAGGGAGUACGG